AUGCUUGCUCAGACAAUCAGGGCUUCUCGCCUUUCCGUCGGCCGUCUGGCCCAGCGCAAUGCCGUCAUGGCGCGCCGUACCUUCCUCACGCCUACGGCCGUCCGCCAAGCCGACCUUGUGCAGGACAUGUACCUGCGCGAGCUGAAGAACUACAAGCCCACGCCCGUCAAGCCCACCGAUGCCGAGGGCCACGUCCAGAAGUUCUCCAUCCCCAAGGCUCCCCAGUCGCCCGAGGAGAGUGACCUUGCCAGCGAGUUGAAGGAGUACGAGGCCCAGCAGCCCGAGGUUGAGGGCCAGGCUGCGGGCGAGACCGCUGCGGUUGAGGAGGACUGGUUUGAGGAAGAGGAAGAGGCGCCCGCUGCUGCCCACUAA